AUGUCUGAAAAUAGGGAUUGGGAUCAGACAGCCAAGGCGCGGUUUGAAUACGAACUGCUUACCAAUGAGCUGUUUCACUUAUGCGAGUUCACUUCGUUGGUAGAUUUCGAUCCAUUAUUCAGGAAUAGUAGCGAUAGCUUCAGGAACUUUCUUGUGGAGAGAAACCUCGAUAUAGAGAGUGCAAUUCAAGGCGAUGAUGCGGCCGAUACUAGCGCAUCAAGAAGGUUGAAAAGAAGACAUGCGGCGGUAAUAGAUCAAUUGAGGUCACUGGUGGACUCACAGUAUGAUGAGGCACGUAUGCGUAUGGACAUCCAAGCUGGGGCCCGCGGGAAGAAGAGGGAGCAGAAGGAAAUAGCUACAGAGGAACCGGAAUCUAACGCGGAAGUACCGAGGCCUAGUAAGAAGAGGCAUACUAACGGAACGGCAUCGAGCAAGAAGAAAAGUCAUAUAAAGAAAGAAGAAUCUAGUGACUCUACUGCGGUCCCUGCGAAAAGGCAAAAAACUAAAGCCAAGACAAGCUCCAGAAAGGGUUCAAACACUAGCUCAAACACUAGUUCAAACACUAACUCAAAGGCAACACCAUCUUCUCGCAGCAAUAAGACAAAGCAAAAGGUAAGCAAAUCACAAGCGGAACUUGUGGAGCCCAAGGAAGAUCCAGAAAAGGACGCUAUCAAAGAUAAUGAUAAUGAUAAUGGAACUAAUAAAAAUGACGAUUCUAAAACUCCUGAUAUACAAGGUACAGUCCAGACUGACUACCAACCUAAAGCUCUCAUUAAAAGCGAUGACCAAGAGUUUUAUUUCACGUCAUCAUCAGAGGAUGAAGAUGAUCAAGAGGUACUAGGUCAAAAAAAGAGGAAUAACAGAUUGUUAAAAAAACUCAAAGUGAAAAUUCACGUUCAUCCUCCAAAACAAACCAUUACAAACCCUGCACAUGUCAUUAAACCGGAAUUUGACAACGUGCAUUCUUUCUUGGAAUCUUUUAAGAUUCUUGAUGAGGAUAUGACUCUGGAUGAGUAUGAUGAUUAUAUUAAGGAGCAGCGUAAAGUGGCAGCCCAAAUUCGUACAGGUUUUGAAAGAGGUGCCCUAAGAUAUGAUCCACAAACAGAUUCCCUACAAUCCAUUGCAUUGAAGGACGUUAUGCCUCCGGCAAAUAGCAUAGAGCCAAUCUCACUAUAUUAUAAGGAACAAACUAAGCAUACUCAUCAAGAACAUUUAAUAAACCAGGGUAUAGUAAUGAGUAAAGCAUUUCAAGAAAAUAGGCGUGCGCGUAUUGCAAAAGCGAGAAGGGUGGCUCAGAUUGUUGAAUCUCAUUUCAAACAUAUUGCAGGUGCAGAAGAGCGUAAAUUAAAAGAAGAGGAAAGAAGGAAGAAAAAUCUUGCCAGAUCUGCAAUGCAAGCGGUGAAGAAGAGGUGGACAAUGGCUGAAAAAGCAUACAAAGUUUUGAAGAAGGAUGAAAUGGAAAGAUUAGAAAGAAUACAAGGUAAGCAGCAUUUAAGUGAAAUGCUAGAACAAAGUACACAAUUACUCGGUGCACAGUUAAAUCAAAUAGAGUCUAGUGCGCACCCUUCUGAUGAUUCCGCAACAAACUCCGAUAUUUCUGAGGAUGAAUCAGAUUCUGACGAUGCAGAUGAAGAUGAAGAUGGUGAUGAUAGUGAUGAAAUGAUGAGUACCUCUUCAAGUGAAUCCGAAAAGGAAAUUGAUGAAGAAAAGAAUGAAAAUGACAUGCAACUUUCGGUAGAGGAGUUACGCAUGAAGUAUGCUGCCUUGGAUGAAGCAUCUGAAAACGUAGCAGAAAAGGAGCUCCCUCAAAACGGUGACUCUAAAUCCGUGUUUAGUGAAGAAUCGGACUCUGCAUCCGACUCAAUGGAGGAUUCUUUGAGCUCAUCUGAUUCUGAAGAUGAUGUUGAAGAUGAUGGAGUCCAUGAUGAAACCCCUGGACUUUCUGCUCUUCUAGGAAACAUUGAUGAUAGAGAGGAAGACGAUGAUGAUGAUGAUGUUCACUUCAACUCUGAUGACGAGCUUGGAAGCGUGACGCCUGAUGCAACUACGGAUAUGAAAACAGAAGAACUUCCUUCUCCUCCUAAAUCGGAUAUUGAUAACGUAGAUGAGAAAAGUGGUCAGAAUACUGAAACUGUUGAUCCUUUGGCUGUGGCUGACGUACCUGUUCCAUCUUUACUCCGUGGAACUUUGAGAAUCUACCAAAAGCAGGGUCUCAAUUGGUUAGCAUCUUUGUACAACAAUAAAACCAAUGGUAUUUUGGCAGAUGAAAUGGGUUUAGGUAAAACAAUCCAAACUAUCUCACUUUUGGCUUAUUUAGCCUGUGAGAAGGAAAAUUGGGGACCCCACCUUAUCGUUGUCCCCACAUCUGUCCUUUUGAACUGGGAAAUGGAAUUCAAAAGGUUUGCCCCAGGGUUCAAGGUUCUAACUUAUUACGGGUCGCCUCAACAGCGGAGAGAAAAACGGAAAGGGUGGAACAAGCCGGAUGCUUUCCAUAUUUGCAUUACAUCAUACCAACUUGUUGUUCAUGAUCAACAUUCUUUCAAGCGUAAAAAAUGGCAGUAUAUGAUUCUUGACGAAGCCCAUAAUAUCAAAAACUUUAGAUCUACACGUUGGCAAGCAUUAUUGAAUUUUAAUACUGAAAGAAGAUUGUUACUCACUGGUACCCCAUUGCAAAAUAAUUUGGCGGAACUUUGGUCUUUGUUGUACUUCUUAAUGCCCCAAACAGCCCUCGAGAACGGAAAAGUGUCCGGAUUCGCAGAUUUGGAUGCCUUCCAACAAUGGUUUGGCAGACCAGUUGACAAAAUUGUUGAAACAGGUGAAAAUUACGAACAAGAUGAAGAAACGAAGAAGACUGUCUCUAAAUUGCAUCAAGUUUUGCGUCCUUAUUUACUUCGUAGAUUGAAAGCAGACGUUGAAAAACAAAUGCCCGGAAAGUACGAGCAUAUUAUUUAUUGUCGAUUAUCCAAAAGACAAAGAUUCUUGUAUGAUGACUUUAUGUCCCGUGCACAAACGAAAGAAACUUUGGCAAGUGGUAACUUCAUGUCUAUCAUCAAUUGUUUGAUGCAAUUGAGAAAAGUCUGUAACCACCCCGAUUUGUUUGAGGUUAGACCAGUUUUGACCUCUUUUUGCAUCGAGAACUCAGUUACAAAAGCUUACUGCGAUCUUAACAAUUAUAUUAAUCAUAUUUUGCAUGAAAACGAGUUUGGGAAAGUUGUUGAUUUAUCUACAUUGAACUUUCUCUUUACCCCUAAUGAUUUUUAUUUGUCGACUAAUCAUUCAGAAAAGAUAAAUCAAUUGAAAUGUGUCGAUUCAAUAACUAAGGAGAUAAUGAACUUAAAAAAGCUGAAUGAAAGUGGUAUGACUAUCAGUGAUCUAGAUUUCCAAGAUCUCAAUAAAUACUACUCAUAUGCUAAACACAAUAGGAUUAACGAAAUGAUAGACCAAUUGGAACAACUUAGAUAUUUGAAUGAGCUACGCUGUGCAAAGAAGCCAAUGUAUGGCUCUAACGUUGUAAAUCUACUUACUAUGGGUCCUAAGAAGUUCAUGGACUGUAAUUUUACUCAGGAUUGUAUUAAGCCAUUGGAGACCAGAUUAAUAAAUGGUAAGGAUACUAUAGAAAAGUUCGCUGUGAUAACUCCAGCCGUAGUUACUUUGGAUAUCAGAGAGAGAACUGUCGGAGUUGAUGAUGAGAAUCAUUGUUUCAAAAAGCAUCUUAAGAACCAACUGGUUUCCACAAUGAGAAGCCUAGAUAAUCCAUUUCAUCAGUUGCAAACAAAGUUAUCUGUCGCUUUUCCAGACAAGUCUCUACUUCAAUAUGAUUGUGGUAAACUACAGAAGUUAGCACAAUUACUACAAAACUUAAAGGACAAUGGUCAUAGAGCGCUAAUUUUUACGCAAAUGACUAAAGUUUUAGAUAUCUUGGAACAGUUUUUAAAUUUCCAUGGUUACCUUUACAUGAGGUUGGAUGGUGCUACUAAGAUUGAAGAUCGUCAAAUUCUUACAGAGAGAUUCAACAGCGAUCCAAGAAUUACAGUUUUCAUUUUGUCAAGUAGAUCCGGUGGUCUAGGUAUCAAUUUAACCGGUGCGGAUACUGUUAUUUUCUAUGAUUCUGACUGGAAUCCAGCAAUGGACAAGCAAUGUCAAGACCGUUGUCAUAGAAUCGGACAAACAAGAGACGUUCAUAUUUAUAGAUUUGUGAGCGAGCACACAAUUGAGAGUAAUAUCUUGAAGAAGGCCAAUCAGAAAAGACAUUUGGAUAAUGUGGUUAUCCAGACCGGUGAUUUCACCACUGAUUAUUUCACGAAGUUGUCUGUUAAAGAUCUACUUGGUGCAGAAGCGCCGGUGGAAUUGAAUGACGAUAAGCCUUUAAUCCAAGAUGAACAGAAUCUAAGUAAGCUUCUUUUACAAGCUGAAGACGAAGAUGAUGCUAAAGCCGCAAAAUCGGCCUUGAGAGAGGUAAAUGUGGAUAACGAAGAUUUCCAGGAAGGAAGUGUGGAUCCUCAAGGUGAGCACACUGAUGGAGAAGACGUACAAUCUGACAACGAAUAUGGUGGAACUAACCAUGUAGAAGAGUACAUGGUACGUUUUAUCGCCAACGGACACUACUACUAG